UUUUCACGGUCAGCGAGCCGCCAGGGGAAUUCGCGCGACCGCCCACUGUUUACUAAACACCGUCAUUUCGACUUUUUAGAUUUUUAUUUUAUUAGCUGUGUAUAAAAAGACAAAAAAACUGCAGAAGGUUACAAUUCGGUUCGAAAACACACACCGAGGGAUUUUUAGGACGUUUUCUUUUAAUAUCUACUUUUUUUUUUUGGAAAAGCGUGCGCGAGACCCUGAGCAAGAGGAGCUUGAGGGAACGAGGCCAGUCACAGGCUCCAGCCAGUAUACAAGCUUCAAAACCUGCUGAGUCACUCUUGGGAAGAAACUUGAGUGAGGAGAGACCGCCAUGGCUCACAGGCUGUUUGAAGAGAAAUACCAUGCGUCACUUUACCAAAAGUAUCGCAUAUCUCCACCUGAUAGGGUUAUGGAGCUUAUUCUGGAGUACCUGAAUAAUAAGAAAGGACCUCCUCAUGAACUUGCAGUGGACCUAGGCUGUGGGACGGGACAGAACACUCGUCUGCUGGCCCCUCACUUCCAGAAAGUUGUGGGCAUUGAUGUCAGCGAGUGCCAGGUGGAGGAAGCCAAGGCAGUGCCAGGGUUUGCAAAUGUCACCUACAGGUCAGGUCCAGCCGAGGAGCUGCCAUUUCCUGAUGGUUCUGUGGAUUUACUGACUGCGGCAUCUGCAGCUCACUGGUUCGAUACUGAGCGUUUCCUGAAGGAGGCAGCACGUGUGUUGAAGCCUCAUGGCUGUAUUGCUCUUCUGGGCUACACUGAUGAGUUCAGACUGCAUUAUGGCUCCUGUGGGGACAAACUGAGCAGCAUUUGUGAAGAGGUGAAGGAGGUUAUCAUGCCUUAUGCUAGUCCCCGGGUGGUGAUCGCCAGUAGUAGACUACAGGCUUUAUUUGAAGCUAUACCCUUCACUGACAAAGAGAGGAUUGAAAGAAUUCCACUGAAGAUGGAGAUGACGGUUGCAGGUGCAGUCGGCUUUGUGGAGUCUUUCUCUUUUUGUCAGACGUACUUUAAGACAGAUCCCCAAGCUGCAGCUGCUCUUUUAGAGUCAAUGAUGACACGGCUUUUAAAGGAAAUGGGCGUCUCGUCACCUGACACUAAGUUAGAGUUCACAACAGACUUCUAUUGUGUGCUGGCAUGUAAAUCACAGUGAAGAGAAACACUGACUUGAAGGAGGACUAACAUGAUAGUCACAGUAUAUUUUUCAUAGGUAUCUACCAUAAUGAUGUUUGUGCACUAUUAAAUGAAUCAGUCAUUAGUAGCAAUGUACCUUAUCUACCACAUAUUUGCACAUUAAGUGUUAAGACAUAGUAAAUGGUGUCUAGAGGUAUAGUCAAAUUAUAAAAGUUAAUAAAAUAUUUAUUUUACAUUUGUGAUUUGGAACAGUUUAUUAAAAGCUUACAACUGAACUCUUGCUCUGAACAUUACAUUCAAAAGCCUAAAUGCCUAGAAACAGUAUUGCCAGAGUAAUAAACACUUGGUGUAUGAGGUGAAUGUAAGUUUACAACUUAUUUCAGGCUGUUCCUAAGUCCCAGCAGACUGAAAUCCAGCCCGGUCUGUUGAUUUUUACCUGCUCAGAGACCGUUCAACUCGGCCUUUAAUUGGCAGGUUUGGGAGGAAAUUAACGAAGUCCACACACUGUUAAUGCUCUACAGAAAGGGCAUUUAAUACACAACGUUUUGGCCAGCAGCCUUCUUCAGGUGUUCAAACAAAGUGCAGGUAAACUCAGUGGGUGAAAGAAACAGCCCACAUGAGUGCGUUCCCCUUGUUUUUCAGUAGACAAGUACAAUCCCAAAAAACUUUCACAAAAACACAUAAUGAAUAACAGCAUAUACAAUCCUAGAACAAUCACAACAGACAGUUUCUUUAAAAAGGCCGUAUAUCAAAAUCUUCAUUUAGACUGUGGUGAUUUUGUAUCCUAAAUGUAACCACACACACGCACAUGCCUUGAUGUCAUCAUAUAAAUAAUAAUUUGGUUUAUGAUGAUUGUAUUUUGAUUCAUAUGUAACCGCACAUACUUUGAUGUAAUCACAUCAGCAAUAAUGUGAUUUAUGUUGAUUUAUAUAUUAAUUCAAAGCCAAAUAAUGUUGAUUUUCAGGAAAGAAUAAAUGAAGUUAUUAUAUUAAAAAUAAUACAUUUAUUUAUGAAUUAUCAUAAUUACAGUAAAAUACAGUAAAGAUGUAGAGUUUGUUUGUUUGUCCUGAAAGGUUGCUUUAUGCUAAAUCACAGGCCUAUUCAAAAAAGCAUAUUAUCCUAAUUCCAGUGCCUGCAGCGUUAUUAUAUGUUGUAAUGAGUUAGCCAAGGCUGCGCUGAAUUAAGCAAUUGUUCAUUCUGGAGUGUUUUGCAUGCUAAUGUAAUAAAUUUUAUCAAAUUAUUCUGAAUCGGGUAUUGUUGCAACACAAGCUGCAAUAUGCAUCAUUUUUUUUAAAUCCUAUGUUGUGGUAGACUGGCUAAGGCCAUGAUUGUACCCUAUCAUGUGUUGUGCUAGUUUGCACCUGCAACUUGUAUCAAUCUUCAAGCUGAUUUGACUCCCGUCAUUUUGAAUCAUGUAUUGUACACUCGGAGUACUGUGUUGUUCAUGACAUAUCACUUCUUAUCAUAUGUUUUGAUUCUUCCUGAAUUGACCAAUCAUACUGGAAAAUUUGGUUCGGUUGAUACAAGAUAUGAGAAGCGUGAGAUGUACUGCCCAACAGAAAAUGUUGAAGUGUUGUGACAUGACAUGUUAACUAAUGAGAUUAUUUGUCCACUUUUUUUUUUUUUUUAAAGUGUGUAAAAUGAGAACUUUGUGAUUUUGAGUCGGUUCACUCUGC